AUGAAGGUGUCUAAAUUCUUAUUCACCUUAACCUUAUUAUCUACUAGUUGUCUAGCCAUCAUUGAAAACAUUGAUGGUUCAAUAGAAGAUACUCAUGAUUCAUUACUGCCAACCGUUGAUAAAUCAACUCAUAAAUUAGGUGUACAACCACUAGAAGAUGAAGAUAAUCAUCCAACACCAAAACAUUCCAAACAACCAUUAGAUCCAUAUAAAAACGGCGGCAAACUUGGUCAUGAAGCCUCAUCAUCAUCCUCAUCCUCAUCCUCGUCAUCAUCAUCUAAUGAAAAUCAAGAACUUCCUGAUACAUCAUAUAAUGCAUUUAUCAUGUCAAUUUCCAUGAUUAUUGUUUCUGAAAUUGGUGAUAAAACAUUUUUAAUUGCUGCAUUAAUGGCUAUGAGAAAUUCAAGAAUUGUUGUGUUUUCAGCAGCAUUUUCAUCGUUAGUAGUAAUGACAGUAUUAUCAGGAGUUGUUGGUCAUGCAUUACCUACAUUAAUUUCACAAAGAUUGACACAAUUUUUAGCAUCAAUAUUAUUUAUUAUAUUUGGAGUUAAAUUAUUAAGAGAAGGAUUAGCCAUGAGUAAAGAUGUGGGUGUUGAUGAAGAAAUGGCAGAAGUAGAAGAAGAAAUUGCCAUGAGUAAAUUAAAUACUCAAAUGAAUGAUAUUGAAGGUGGUGUUACUACUGGUGGAGCAAUCACAUCAUCUAAUAAUAAUAAUAAUAAUAAUAAUAAUAAUACUCCAGUUUAUGUUGAAAUUGGUAAUCAGAUUCAAAAUUUAGCAACAUUUGUGUUUACACCAGUUUGGAUUCAAGUAUUUGUCAUGACAUUUUUAGGAGAAUGGGGUGAUAGAUCACAAAUUGCUACUAUUGCCAUGGCAGCCGGUUCAGAAUAUUGGUUUGUUAUCCUUGGUGCCAUUAUUGGUCAUGGACUUUGUACUGCUGCUGCUUGUAUUGGUGGUAAAUAUUUGGCUAAAAAAAUUUCCAUGAGAAAUGUUACCAUUGGUGGAGCCAUUGCAUUUUUUAUUUUUGCUAUGUUGUAUUUCUAUGAUGCUUAUUAUGGCAUUGAAAGUUAA